CAGACCAAGGAGAGACAUUCAUACUCCAGAAGCCUCAUCCUUCUUCUCAGCCAAACCAAUACAAACCACAGGCUCCCCACGCCAUGGCCUGCUGUGUUCCCCGCUGCUGCAGCGUCCCCACUGGGCCCGCCACCACCAUCUGCACCUCUGACAAAUGCUGCCGUUGUGGAGUCUGCCUGCCCAGCACCUGCCCACACACAGUUUGGCAACUGGAGCCAACCUGCUGUGACAACUGCCCCCCGCCCUGCCACAUCCCUCAGCCCUGUGUACCCACCUGCUUCCUGCUCAACUCCUGCCAGCCAACCCCAGGCCUGGAGACCCUCAACCUCACGACCUUCACUCAGCCCUGCUGUGAGCCCUGCACCCCAAGAUACUGCUGACCUGUGGCUGCUCUGCCCCGUACCUGACAAUGAAAGAGUCGACCCAGAAGCUUUAGCGUUCACCUGUCUCAGUACCUGCAACAAAUUGACUAUGCUUUAGAAGUUGGAGGAACGGUGGCACUAUUACUGGCAACCCCCACCCACACACAAAAAAAGAAACUUAGAGACUUUCAACACCAUGCAACUAUUAUCUAUAACCAAGUGCAGUUUGAAUAGGUGGAUGUCUACAGGCUUCUCAAAGUUGUUCAGUUCCUUCAUAUUAAAGUGUAUCUUUCUUUGGGUGCUUUGGGAAGUUUGUUUCCAGUCUUGGGUGGUUUCUUUCCAGAAAUUGAGGAAGUUCAUGAUCAUGCUAAUAAAUUUUAUAUUUCUGGCAUAGCACAAA